UAAGGCGCACCAAGAAGACGACGUAAACCAAACACGGAAGUAGUAAUGCAGCUAGCUGAUGUUAACUAACCAGUUUAUUUAUCGCACUUCAAAGCAUUGUAGCUAGUUCCAUACAGCUAAUAUCACCAGAUAUAACUUAUGAUACAGUUAUGGUAACGUUAAGUAUUAUUCACUGGCUGGACUAGUUAACGUAUGGAACUAUGAAACGCAGGAUUUCCGCCUCUGCCAGUUUAGGAGCUACAAUACUAGCCAGUUGUAGCAGCGCGCUAUCGUUAGAUAACAUUUCUCCCUCACAGCACAGCAAGAGACUGGAAUAACUCUGGCACAACAACAUAUUCUUUGAGAUAUUUGAAGCCCAUUCACAAUGCAUGAGUUUGAUGAACGCCAACAGUCAAAAUGGCGGAGUCCUGGCUGUAACCAUGGUGACCAGAGCAGCAGACUCCAGGGUCCCGAGAUGGUCCAAAGAUUUAACAUUGUAUUCAAAGAGGAGCCAGAAGAUGAUGAUCAUGCACCUUGUGGUCAGAGUAAUACUGGAAUGAGUCCUGCCUCCAGCCACGGUAGUGAGGAGACUACCUCUACAUCAGGAGAACCUGAGCAACACCACGAGACUCAUCAGACAGCCACAUCGUCUCUCCGGGAGACUCAUCAGACAGCCACGUCGUCUCUCCGGGAGACUCAUCAGACAGCCACGUCGUCUCUCCGGGAGACUCAUCAGACAGAAAAAUCGUCUCUCCGGGAGACUCAUCAGACAGAAAAAUCGUCUCUCCGGGAGACUCAUCAGACAGCCACGUCGUCUCUCUGGGAGACUCAUCAGACAGCCACACCGUCUCACCGGGAGACUCAUCAGACAGCCACGUCGUCUCUCCGGGAGACUCAUCAGACAGCCACGUCGUCUCUCCGGGAGACUCAUCAGACAGCCACGUCGUCACUCCGGGAGACUCAUCAGACAGCCACGUCGUCUCACCGGGAGACUCAUCAGACAGCCACGUCGUCACUCCGGGAGACUCAUCAGACAGCCACGUCGUCUCACCGGGAGACUCAUCAGACAGCCACGUCGUCACUCCGGGAGACUCAUCAGACAGCCACGUCGUCUCUCCGGGAGACUCAUCAGACAGCCACGUCGUCUCACCACUGCUGCUGUGCCUGUGGACAGGAGUUCCCUGGUGCCUAUGACCUCAUGCUACACCAGAGGACUCACUAUAUAAGGAACAGUGUUCCAUGUGGGACACAUACCAUGACUGCACAUCUGCAAACAUCCACUGUAAAGAGAGAGCGUGGUCACACUGAGGAGGAGGAGGAAGGAGAGGAAGUUGGUGGAUUUAUUAAACGUGAAGAAGCAGCUACUUGGGAUCCUCCUCAACUCGGAAUGAGUCCUGCUUCCAGCCACGGCAGUGAGGAGACUACCUCUACAUCAGGAGAACCUGAGCAACACCAGGAGAACCACGACACAGCCACAAUGUCUCACCACUGCUUUGGCUGUGGACAGGAGUUCCCUGCCGCCUACGACCUCGUGUUACACCAGAGGACACACAUAGAGAGAGGCUUCUACAAGUCUGUCUGUGGAGAGCUGUUCUACCAGAAAGAGUUACUCAAAACACACCAUCAGAAAGUUGACACAGGAAUACCUGGAGAACACCGGACGAAUCUCAAAGCUAAGAAGUCUCACGACUGUGUAGUGUGUGGAAAACAACUAUCGGAAGCAAUGAAGCUGAAGAGGCACAUGAGAACACACACGGGAGAGAAACCUCACGGCUGCUCUGUGUGCGGCAGAGGAUUCACGCAGAAAGGAAAUCUGAAAACACACAUGAAAACACACAGAGGGCUGAACCCCAAAUUGUGGUCCGCUGGAGAGGACAGUCCCUCGACAUCAGGAGAACCUGAACAACACCAGAAGAACCACACAGCUAAGACAUUUCAUAAUUGCAUAGAAUGUGGGGAGAUGUGCCGAACUCUACCAGCACUAAAAAAACACAUGAAAACUCACACCAGUAAGAAGCCGUCUUACCAAUGCUCCCUUUGCGGGGCGGAAUUCACUGAGAAAGGGCAAAUCCAAGACCACCAGUUACAGCAUGUUGGAGAGAAGCCGUACUCCUGCCCUGACUGCGGGAAAUGUUUCGUCAAUGAAAGCUACAUUAAAAUUCACCAGCGAACGCACACUGGAGAGAGACCCUACAGCUGCCUUGUGUGCGGAAAUAGUUUCGUGAAAAAAGCAUACUUAAAAAGUCAUGUACUGACACACACGGGAGAGAAACCGUACCUUUGCUCCAUCUGCGGGAAGACAUACAGUAGAGAAGGAACUUUCAAAAUCCACCAGAGAGUUCACACGGGAGAGAAACCGUACCUGUGCACUGAAUGUGGGAAGCGUUUCAGCUGUAGAGCAAACCUUUAUUCGCACAACAAGAGACACGCUGGCAAACCCAUAGGACCUAAACGUCAGUUAGGCAGACCGAAGCAACUGCCAAACUGACAAUGGGACAAAUGAACUUGUGUAGUGUCUCUCCUGAUCACCAACAAAAUAGUUAUGUUCCAUCUUGAUUAUAGUAAGUUCCAUCUUGGGGCGGCAGCGUAGCCUAGUGGUUAGAGUGUAGAGGCGGCAGGUAGCCUAGUGGUUAGAGUGUAGAGGCGGCAGGUAGCCUAGUGGUUAGAGUGU